AUGAUGGAAACAGUGAACCCAGUGGGAGUUGAUACUGUGACUCCAGAAAUGCUAGCAGCCAGAGAAAAAUUGAGAUCUCGCUUGGGAGUUUCAGGAACACAAACAGGCGGGAAGGGAACAGCGAGAAGGAAAUUGAAAAAAACCACAAAGAUAGUAGGAGACGAUAAGAGACUACAAUUUGCCCUACGCUCAAUUGGUGCGGCAAAUAUACCAGGAAUUGAAGAGAUCCAGAUGCUAAAAGAAGACGGAUCACUGUUAACAUUUAGUAAUCCAAAAAUACAAACGUCACCGAACGCAAACACAUACGUCGUAACAGGAGUGCCAGAAGAAAAGGAAAUAUCGUUCCCAGAUAUACUGCAACAACUAUCAGCGGCAGGAUUUGAUUUAACUAAGGCAGGAGUAGACCAAAAGGUGGUGGAGGAGGUACCCGAUGAGCAAAUGGUACCAAAAUUGGUUGAAAUCCACGAUGAGGACACCAAGGAGGAAACAACAUAA